CUCUUGAACAUCUGACUAGGUUUAGGGUUUUAGUCAAUUUUCGCGGAAGAUUUUGAAGAAGGAAAGUGAAAGCCAAAACCAGAGGGGUUCCCGGCGAUUCAGAGCUGCGCGAGAAAAAUGUCGAAAAAGAACGAUCUUGCUCGUCGAAAAAGGCAGCACGAAUUCGAACUCAAAAGAGAGAAAGAAGAAAGAGAAAAGAAGGCACAGAAGCUUCAAGCAAAGAAGAGCAAGAUGAAAGUUGAUGGUAGUGGCAAGAACAAGAAAGGUGGGUUUCAAGUAGGCAAGAGGAAAUUGAAGACCAAACUGACAGCGACUGCAAAAGCUAAAGCUGCCCAAGCAAUGGAGGUUGACAAAUGAGGUUCAAUUGCAAUGCUUGUCUGUGUAUGUUAAGAAGUAUUCGAAGGAACGGUUUUGAAUUUUCCUUUUAAUGUGAAAUUUAGGUUUCUCUAAUGUUGUUGCUCUUUUGCUCCAAUCAAUUUGCUUACAAAGAUGAUGUCCCAUUUUAGUUGGAAACUUUGGGUUGUCAAGACAAUACCAAAACAUUAUGCUUACCCGUGUCCUAAUGCGUAGUGUGGCUUAGUAGUUAGAAUGUGGAGGGUGAUCAAGAGGAAAGACAGAUAAUCAUCUUGAAAAUGCACUGUGUAUUUGUCUUAAAAAGGUGAAGAUUGUGAUUUAAUAGCCUGACUCUGAUUAGAGAUCAAUUGGAACUGAUGAACUUUUUUUU